AACUUCCAUGAUCUAUUCGAUUUGAAAUUGAAAUCAAAACCAGACUGGAGACUGGAGAACUGGAGAACUGGAACUGGAAGUUGCCUUGGAAAAAAUUAGAUUUGCAGAAAUCAAAUUGGAAUCCCUAAUUUUUAUCGGUCUUACACUUUACUUAAGACUUAAAGAGUUAGGGGGUGGGGGUCCGUCGUAGUUGCAUUCACGGUGGUUGUUCGCCGUGGAAAUGAACGUUGGGAGUGAUGAAGACGACGAAGAUGAUGCCUUACCAGGACAAGAGCUCAAACAUGUCACCCCGUCGAGUUCGAAGCCGCCAUUGGCGUCAUAGCCGCACAGGCACGGCCGUGGUCGCCGUCUUGGCACUACUCCUAUCCACCGCCGCUUGGUUGUCGCUGGUGUUCUCCGGCACCACGACUCGUUGCUGGCACCGGUUUAAGGAUUGGGAAAGGAGACCCCAAGCUUUCCCGUGGGGCAGGCGUCGCCAGGAUCGUUCUUCAUCUAUCUUGCGGCCGCCGACCUCGUCACCCCCUCCCCCCUCCGUUUCCCUCCUCCCAUUUCCCAGAAAUGCCAGCCUUCCUUCUGCAGGGGAGGAAUUGUCUCUGAGGCACAUCGUCUUCGGCAUAGCUGGUUCAUCGCAUCUCUGGAAAAGGCGGAAGGAGUUAGUGAGGCUGUGGUGGCGUCCAAAAGACAUGCGCGGGCACGUUUGGUUAGAAGAGCGAGUGAGUCCCGAGGAAGGAGAUGAUUCUUUGCCUGCCAUCAUGGUUUCCGAGGACAUCUCUCGUUUCCGAUACACCAAUCCCACUGGCCACCCUUCGGGACUGCGGAUCUCUCGGAUUCUCUCGGAGUCCUUCCGCCUUGGACUGCCCGAUGUGCGCUGGUUUGUCCUGGGCGAUGAUGAUACCAUUUUCAAUGCCGAUAACCUUGUUACUGUUCUCAACAAGUACGAUCCAUCUGAGAUGGUUUACAUCGGUGGCCCAUCUGAGAGUCAUUCUGCCAAUUCCUAUUUCAGUUAUUCUAUGGCCUUUGGCGGUGGAGGAAUUGCUAUAAGUCACCCACUGGCCGAGGCACUCUCCAAGAUUCAAGAUGGGUGUCUAGACAGAUAUCCAAAGCUUUAUGGAAGCGAUGAUCGACUCCAUGCCUGCAUUACAGAAUUGGGCGUUCCUCUGACCAGAGAGCAUGGCUUUCACCAGUGGGAUAUUAGGGGUAACGCACAUGGUCUUUUAUCCUCUCAUCCGAUUGCACCAUUUGUCUCAAUUCACCAUGUUGAAGCGGUUGACCCUUUUUACCCCGGCUUGAGCUCUCUGGAGAGUCUCAAACGUUUUACCAGAGCCAUGAAGGUUGAUCCAGGGAGCUUCUUGCAGAGAUCCAUUUGUUAUGAUCACACUCGACAUUUAACUUUUUCUGUCUCACUUGGUUAUGUUGUUCAAGUUUUCCCACACAUUGUUCUCCCCCGUGAAUUGGAGCGGUCAGAGCAAACUUAUUCUGCUUGGAAUAGAAUUAAUCAUAGAAAUGAAUUUGACUUCGACACCAGAGACCCAUACAGAUCUGUUUGUAAAAAGCCAAUCCUCUUUUUCUUGAAAGAUGUAGGAAGAGAAGGUAAUGCUACUUUGGGUUCAUAUGAACGGGCCAGAGGAAAAGAUGAUUUGAAAAGGAAAGUUUUCUGUUUUCCGCAAAUGCGUCCACUGCGCUAUGUGCAACAUAUCCAGGUGUUGGGGUAUCCACUGAGCAAGAAUUGGCAUUUGGUUCCACGUAGGCUAUGUUGCAGACUAAAUCAGACAAGCAGUGAACUCCUUAAAUUAACUGUUGGGCAGUGUGAGAAAGGAUCCUUCAGUUCUUUUAAUUGAUUCUGUCUGAAUGUUGGAUGGGGUGGAGGCACAUGGCCUACUUGCCCUCAUGUUGGUUAUGAAGCCGAAUUUAGAAGAAGGGCCAUUCUAUCAUGUGCUUUAUUUUGUUCAAUUGGUUUGACUUCAUCCUCCAUUCUGUGUCGGUUGUUAAUCAACUCUAGUUUGGCCUUUUGAAGACCCAUAUUCACAGACUAUGGAUAUUUGGUGGUGCUGAAUUCACACAGUUGAGUUGAAGACUGUCACAGAGAUUUUACACUUGGGGGAUCAUAUUCUUUGCCUUUGCAUUGCAUCAGAAGGAACGUGGGUUUGGAGGUUCGCUUAUGGAAAAAAGAUCAUGGAGGAGAGUGAUGGUGGCUAACUUCAGGGUUAUAGAAGAGGGAUUAGGGUAUUAAGGAAUAAGCACUCUCUUGGUUGUGAGUUUUGGAGGCUGUUAAGAGAGGUUGGGAUGCUUAUUCAUGGUUUCAAUGGCAUCUCAGUUGGGAAUGAACAAAGGACUAAGUUUUGGUUUGACAUUAGGUGUGGGGGAAGGGUGCUCGAAGACCAGUUCCUGGAAUUUUUUUGUCUUGGCAUCCUGGAGGGAGGCAUUAGUAGUAGAUGUUAAUGUUUGUAAGGUGGGAAAUGCUAUUGGAAUCGAAGUUCUCAUUGAUCUUCCAUCAUUGGGAACUAAGAGUCUCUGGCUUCCUUUUGUGGCUCGCAUUUGCAGGUGUUGUCUCAAGGAGGAGACUGAGGAUUACAUGUUGCAGGAGGCCUCUAGAAGUUGGUGUUCUUGGUUAAAUCUUCUUCAAAGGUGCUUUUGCUGCAUUCUUCCUCUCACUCAUACAUAUAUCCUUGAUAUGGGGCUCUUGUCCACAUCCAGGAUCAGCUGUGUGGAAAGACAUUCUUACCAUUGAUCAUUUGAUGUGGAAGUGGUGGAUUAUGGUUAAUUAGUGUUUUGUUUUUUCUUUUUCUUUUUCUUUUUGGAAAACUUUGUGAGUAGUCUAUCAAUCAUAUUCUCCCAAACUAUGUGGUGGGUACACUUUAAGCACUAAUCUUCUUGAUAUUCAGCAUAUCUUGAGUGCUUCCUCAUAUUGUGAAGAGCUCUUGGUCAGUCAGACAGGUGCAACUUUGUGGGAGGAAACACACUGGCGGAUUUGGAGAACUGCUUCCCUUUGCCUUUUUUAGUGCAGGCCAAGGUGCAUUUUUUGAGGGACCAGAUCUAUCAGGCUUAAAUGUUAAAAAUUCCUUUCUCUGUUCUCUUGGUCCCAUGGGUCCCUAGGAUCUUGUGACAAUGUGGACAAUUGCAAUGGUAGUGAGAGGGUUGUUCUCUACCUGCUGGGUGCAUAUUGGUGGAACUAGUACCCAGGCCCAGGCCGUAAAGUUCCUUGGCAGUAGUAUAAUAGCAGUUGAUCACUUGGCUUGUCAGAGACAUCCUCAUCUUCUGUCAAAGAGAUUGUUUCUUAGUUAGCUUGUGAAGAUCCUUUUGUUCUAAAAGUUUGUAGACAUGUUUAUCUUUAGAGUAUGAACAGAAACACACCAUUUCCUAUUACCAUUGUUCAGUAAAAUGUUUGGGUCCAACACAUACUAUGUUCCUCCUUGAUCUAUACGAAGUUUGUUGCAUUUGUUGA